ACCGUGGGUUAGGUUAACCUAUAUAUUAUCUUAAAUCGUGGUUAUUGUUACUUGUAAAUAAACCACUGAAAACCACGGUGAAUAUCUACAACAAUAUCAACAAUAUCUCAUAAAUUAAUCAAUAAUCGAAUAGUGAAUACCUACAGUACGUACAACUUUAAAGUUUAAAAUUUUGUAGUGCUGUUAUCAGUAUUUUUAAUUUUUUGACGAGUGCUCAGUACCAGGACUAUUGUGAGACAUGUCAAAUUAUGGAGUAUGGAUCAAACUUUUGGCUGUUGUAACUUGUAGUAUUAUACUAAUUUAGUUAUAAUAUUUUACACCACCUGCUGAAGCUGAAUAAAAAAGUGAUCUUUUUCUGGCUUUUAUAACUCGUCAGUUAUUAAUUAGUUAUCUUUAAAAAAAAAAGAAAAUAUUGAUUGUGUUGUAUCAUAGUAUUUUACUACCUCAUUCAAUACAAAUUAAUAAAGAACAUUAAAAUUUAAUACAACUAAAUUUCAUACUUUAUGGUGUACUAAAUGCAAUAUUUUUUUUGACUUUGUUAGAACGUUUUAUUAACAAUAGUUUUAAUUAUUUUCCAUAACACAAUGUCAUUAAAAAGUGUUCUAAAAAAGAAGUUUAAGAUAAAAAAUCCAAUUGUUGCAAUCAAGAAAAAAAAGAAUAAAUCUAAGCAUGUUCUUUAUACACCAUCAGCAGAUACUUAUAUUAAAAUUGAUACAGAUAAUAUUAGCAAAGAACGUUCCAUAACUGAAAAAGAGCAAAACCAAAACGUAGCUCCUGAAAAUCUAGUUAAUGGGGAUGAAAAAAAUAUGAAUAUUGAUGGGUUGAUGAAAUCAAUAACUGAGAUAAAACGCAAUAAGAAAAAACGUAAAUCUACAGAUGAUACAAAUCUUGAAUGUGAGGUACCUAUAAAAAAGAGGGUCACUUUUGCGGCCGAUGUAAAAAGUGAAAAAGAUGAUCAGAAAAGUAGUGUUAGCAAUUUGAAACUAAUAAGCUUAAACAAACGGAAAAAAUUGAAUUACAUAAAGAAGUUGAAGGCAAAAAAAAAUAAAAUAAAAAAUGCAAAACAAUGUGAAGAAAAUUCUACUGCCAUUAGUACACCUAGACAAGAACGAGCAAUGGAGUAUUUGAUGCAAUGGAAAAAUGACCGCACAAAUUGGAAGUUCAAAAAAAUUUAUCAACUUUGGUUGAUUAAUUACACUUAUGAUCCUCUGAAGGUAUCUAAAGAACAUUUUGGCACUUUAGUAGAAUACCUUCAAACUAUCAAGGGUCAAAGUCGCAGUAUAAUUCUUCAAAGAGCGAAUACAAUUGUCUCAGAAUUUUCAUCUUCUAACGAAGGCGAACAGGAAUUAAAUUCAUCACAAGAAGUUAAAUAUCAACGAGCAAGGACCAUUAUUCAAAUGUUUGACUGAUACAUUUAAUCAAAUAUAUGUUUUUGAAUAAAUAACAUUAAAACCAUAAAUCUAACUGAAUCUAAUAACUUAUAUUUCAUAAUUUCAUAAAUUAAAUAUAUUAUUUAUUUUCUAUUGUAGGCUCAGUUAGCUUUGAAAUAAAAUCUUUAAGUUUAUCUUCA